AUGAGGCAACACCAAUCGACAUCACUGUCCCCGUGGUUGACAUGCCCACGUCAGGAUUUGUCCACUGGCUGGCUACAAUGCGAUGCUGACCCAUUGUUUAAACCUGAACCUUUUACUUUACCUGCGUGGAUUCCUGGAUGGUUUCCUUGGAAGGAAAUGGAGGUUCUCCCUGUUCAGUGGCAUGCUUUAUGCCUCGGUUUGUUCGCAUCAAUCAUAGCACCUUUCGGAGGGUUUUUCGCUAGCGGGUUUAAAAGAGAAUUCAAAAUCAAGGACUUUGGUGAUAGUAUUCCAGGACAUGGUGGAAUCACUGAUCGAAUGGACUGCCAGAUGGUAAUGGCAGUAUUUGCUUACAUAUAUCUCCAGUCAUUUAUCGUCUCCCAAAGCGUUUCCGUUGACAAAAUCCUGGACCAGAUAUUGACGAACCUUAGCUUCGAGGAACAACAAGCUCUCUUCACGAGAUUAGGGCAGAUGAUUGGUAACUCGUAGUUUUCACUGCCCAAAAAAACUUCUCUUCAGAUUCUGUGACUCUCGAUUGUCCUUUUAUCUAUAUCAGUACUAGAGACAAUAAGUUUGAAAAUUGGAUGAGAUUUGUUUGCUGGCAUUUGUAAAUCCUCUUGAAGGUUGUCCAACGUAGAAGUUUUUUUUUAAAAAGUCUUCACAUUUGAUACAAAUAGGUUUGAAGGUGUAUCUUACUAUCUACUUAUGUAGUAGCAUCGGUGCUUCAUUUGUUUUUUUUUGUAUAUGGUUAAAGUUCAAACGAACCUUUUUUCUUUCCA